ACAUCACAGAGACAUCUAUUUGACAUCUGCAAGAGGUAUUUUUUAAGAGUGUUUGCUCAUCAAGACGUUUCCUGUCAGAGGUUAAAUAAACAUCUAGAAAAUGUCUUUAAGAUUAUUUUUAAUGUAUGUAAAAGUGACAUCUUAGAGACGUUUAUCAGGUAUUAGUACACAGCAGAUGCCUUCCAGAUUACAUUCCUUAUAUGUUAAGGUACAUUCUUUAAUGUGAUCAAAUCCGAAUACAUAUUUGAUAUGUUCAGAGGUUGCUUUCAUGUGAAUUGUGCACUUUUAAACUGGAUAGAGGUUUAGUAUCUUGCAAUAAAAAUGUGAUUUAUGUUAUAUUUAGUAUAGCAUACAUUAAUGGGUGGUUGUUCUCGAUUCGCAGCAUAAUACGAGUUUGGGAAUGUUGGCUGUGUGAUGGGGUUAGACAGCAACAUUAGCUCCGUCAAAGAAAACUGACCCCACGGUGUCCCGAGUCCUCCUGUCCUGUCCCUCGCGGACAUGGCGGUGUUCUCUGUGGGUCACAUCACACGGGACACCAACCCUGUUGCACAUUCAUCCAAGCUUUACUGCUCAGGACAUAGUUAACGAUGUGCUAUUGUUUAAAAUUUAAAAUCAAAUAGGACAAUAUCCUUAACCGGGCUUUCGAAAAACGGGGACACAUGUGACUCUUUUCCAAGUACGCAGCCUUGAGCGCAAGAAUAUUUGUAAUCUAAUUCCAGCAGCCGCUGAGUAAGACGAACUGCGCCCAACGAGACAUGACCCCAACACGAAGCUGCACUCUCCAAAACUGUUUUUAAUUUUAAAAUAACACCACCACAUUUCGAUUAUCACCAUGGAUCGUGCUUCGAAGAGGGAACGUGAGGGGGCAGAGCCAGAGAUAGAGGAAAUGCAGGACGUGGGGUCAGGAAUAAUGGAUAUCGACGGCGAAGAGGAGAUUGAAGAACUUCAUAAAAGUUUAAAGGAAGCUAUGCAAGAUCCAUCAGUGAAGCCUAAAGUCCAGUGCCUGAUGAUGGAUCCAUCGUUCUCCAUGGUGACGGUACAGAGUGAGGACAGUGGGAUAGUAUGGGAGACUGCUUCCAGUAGAUGCUCGACUCCAUGGGCUUCAGAGGGAAGCUCACCAUCUGAACAGUACAGCCUGGAAGGUUCUGGAACACAGGGGAAUAUUGUGAUCAUAAUGGAUGAAGACAGAAUUAAGAGGAAAAAGACGAGCAGCAGAGGCAAACUGGGUGACCGGUUUAAAAAGACAAGCUCCAGACUGCCAAAAAGUCGGAUAGGCGAGGAAAGACCCGCAAUGAUUGAGGUGUCUUUGCCGAACAUCAGAUCUGAAAACAAUGAGGAUGGCCAGUCUGCUGUAAGCAAGGAUCAAGAUCUUUUUAGUUUGAUAUCAGAGGGUUUUGAAAUACUCAAUAUCGUUGUACCUUCAAAGCUCGCUACAGUAGAUGAGGAAGAUAGCAGGGAACUGGCGCAGAAUUUGGCCUACUUGGAUGAUACUCCACAAUUAAAAUCCAAACAUAGGCAUCAACCUGUUGCUACAAACAGUUGUCCUGGGAACAUAGAGAAAGUCACUGAGGAAUUAAAGCAAAAUGAAAGCUUGAAAGAAUCAUCCGAGAUCUCUGCUGAUAAACAACCAAAGAAGGAUGAAACUCAUAUGGACUAUCUUGAAAAAUUCACACUUUUAGAUGAGCAGGCGCCUAGUGAUAUCACUGCACUGACAGAAAGACUUGUAGCAGCUGUCCAGCAGGAAGAAACUUAUGUGACACAGAAAGAACCAAAAGCAGAUGACGCCGUUGAUGAGGAUUCCUUUGUAAUUAUCAGUGAUGUUGAAAUAGCAGGUGAACAUCUUGAUGAAGUGUUCUAUGGAAGUAAGUUCAAUUCAGAGCCUGUGGUUCCCCGUGAGUAUGAGGACCGAAAUAGAAGAACAGCGACAGACAGCUCUAAAACUCUGAAAGAGAGUGGAUCGGUCUUAUUUGGAAGUCAGGAAUGUAUCCUCACACCUGUAUACCUCCCCACCGGACCGCCAAAGAUCAUAGAUCCAGUUCUUCUUGAGGAGCCACGAGCAAUGUCCUUCCACUACUCAGACCUUUAUGAAGACGCAGUAGGAGACCGAAAGAAAGAAGACAACUUCUCAGAUACAGAGAGUGUCGGGUCCGAAAGGUCCUUCAAAAGGCGAUACUCCGAUUCCGAUGAUGGAGAUGGUUAUCUGGAGAAAUUCAUAUUGAAGGAUGAAACACCAGUGGUUGCUAAUGUAGCCAAGGCCAAAGGGGAGGAAGAUGGGGGGAAAUUUGCAUGGUCACUAAGUAAAUUUGAACUCACUGGAUGCUUAGAAAGAGCACAGGAAGAAAAAGAUGAACAACCAUGUGUGCAGGAUAAAAAUGAAAGCGAAGUGCAGUGUGAGUCCACAGAAAGUUGUUCAGAGGGGCAAUGUGUUUCACAAAUUCAACCAGAGGUGGAAAAGAUUGUUAGAAAAAAGAUCACAUCAGAUGAUUUGGUUGCGAAGCAUAGUAAGAAAGAUGAAAAGCAACAUGAUGUCACUGUCAUUGUCAAGGACAGUAUCAUGACAAAAAGUGACCCAGAUGACACACGACCUCGUGAAGCGGUUCAAGUCCCUAAGCCAGAAAGCAAAACCACCAAUAAAGAAGAACACAGUGGACAAGAACAAAUAAGUCUGACUGCUCAUAUUCAAGUGUCUGCGGGUUUAGCGCAUGAAGAUGUUAUUAAAGCUAAAAAUGAAUUUGAAAUUCUGCCUGUAACAAAGAGAUCAGAGAAAAUCCAGGCUGAUGUAACACAUGUAGUUGAAAACAUUAGUGUUUCUGAGGUCAGUGUGGAUAAACAUCACAAAGCAGCUGACAUUCAGGAAACAAGUAUUAUUACUAAAGAUGACAAAGGAGAGAAUUAUAAAAACCAGACUCAAGGCAAAAUUUUAGAACCAAAUCUAACUCAAAGGAUUGAUAAAGACAUAGCAAAAAGAGAAGCACCAGAAAUAUUUGCUCAGAAGGUUAUCAGUAUCAACGAACCGCUGUUAGAUAAAACACAACCUCCAAAAACUGAAGAGCCUUCUCAAGAGUCAAUUACAGCAGAUGCUACUAAAACUGAACAUUCUGUAUCUAGAUCCUUAGAAAAGGACUCCUAUGACUAUAAAAAAGGAGAAAUACUUGCUGUAGUUGAGGAUAAAGUGAGUGAAGGAUUAAUACCUAAGAAAGAGGAACAAGAGCAAGUAGUUGACAGAAUUGGCGCAGCACAAGAGGUUGAGGCCCAUAUCGGUAUAGCAAAAGUGUUAACAGAACUUGAAAUGAAGCCAGAGUCUGAAAUUACAUCAGAAAAAUCACAUCCAUGUGAAACAGAUAAAGCAAACACCGAGCUUCAGACUAAACCUGAGAUUACAAGUGAGGAGAAAAUAUAUCCAGAAUUACAAAAUGAAUUUGGUGCACCAAACAAGAAAGUUAAAGUGGACAUGGGAGCAGAUAGGCCAACAAAUGAGGCCCCAAUACUAAAACAAAGGAUGGAAAAGCAAAAGGGACAUAUUGACAUACCUGAGAUUGAACCUGGGGUUGCAGAAAAACAUGGAGAAGUUGAGGAAAUCAAGGUAGAUGUUACAGAGGAAGCAAAUCAGAAAGCCAGCACCACAAAAGAACCUGUUCAGGAUGAGAAAAGAGUGACAACAGAGAUAAUUGAUUCAAGACAAGAUUAUAACUUGUUAACUAAUGAAAUGAAGGCAUCUGCACAAGAAAGCAUAGAAGAGAUGAGAGUAGCAGAAGAUGUAGAGGACUCAUCAAAUUUAAGGCUGCCACCUGUUGUACCAACAAAGAAGGUACAGGUAGAAGAACAUAGUGAAACAAAUGAUGUGACCAUAUUAACUAGAGAGAUCCCAGUGAAAGAAUCAUCCACUGGUCAGACAGAUAUUGAGAAUGAGAUGUUACCUCUAACAUCAGCAGAAACAUUGGAGGAAGGAAAGAAAACACAUAUGAAUGAUAUGCAGAUUAACGAUUUAACAGACCUACCAGAGUCCAUUCUGCUGCCUCCUCUAGCGAUGAGGGUUUCACCUUUAGAGCCAGAGGAUAGUGUGAAUGUUUUUGAAGAUAUACAUAGAGGUGGAAGCUUAAGUAGGAACAAAGGUGUCUUCUCACAAUUGCGAAGUUUUACCCCUCAAGAGGACCUGUCGGCCUUGAGCUGCGACCUAGAUUCGCAGCAGGAAAUUGCAGAGGAGCUUGAUUAUGAGAUGGUCACCGAACAAGAGGCAAGACACUCUGAACAAGCUGUAGCUGAGGAUGGGCACCGUGAACAAGUUCGACUGUCGACUCAACCCCUGGAAAGCGGCUUUGAAUUGGUUGAGGAUUUAGAUAGUGCUCAGAUGGCGGAAUAUGAACAAGAGGAACUUGAAAUUCAACCAAUGGAUGCGUUCUGUCUUGUUUGUCGUUGCCCAGUACUGCUGAGUGAGGCUGAGCAUCAAAACCAUGAGAUGGCCUCUUUGGAUGAGGCCUUUGACAGUCUUAAGAAUCAGCUGAGCGAACUGAUAUCAGUUUUACAAGGAAGAUCAGAGAAUAUUGAAGACUUUGUAUCCGAGCUUGAGCUGGCAUACAACACAGUGGAGGAGAACUUUAAUGAUGGUGAGAAGAUCAUAAAGGAGCACAAUGAGGAGGUGGUGAAGCUGUUGAUGGAUCAGUAUAAUGAGAUGUCUCAGGCCAUGGAGGAGGAGAAAAAGGCUAAACUGGAGCAGCUGUACGACCAGAUUGUCUCGUUCCAGGAGAAUAUCGACAAGGCCAAGGAGACGAUGGAGAUGACAGCGAAGGAGGAGGAAGAGAUGGACCCGCUUAAGUUUCUUUCUUUAUCAAAAGAUAUCAAUAUGAGGUUGAAUACAGCUUUGGAAUCCACCAUGUCACUUGAACUUGGUCCACGAGGGCUGCUGGUUUUCGAGGAUUAUGCCAAGGGCAAAUCAGGCAAUGGGAGGAAAAACAGACAAGCCAUUCCAGUGCCUCAAAAACCACAUCUUCAGCCUCAACAGGCCAAUUCUGCAACCAGCACUUCCGUCACUGUGUAUUGGAAAGUUAAUGAGGAUGACAUUAUUGACUGCUUCCAAGUCUACUGCAUGGAAGAGCCACAAGGAGCAAUCUCAGAGGAAUACAGGGUGACUGUGAAGGAGAGCUACUGUAAUCUCGAAGAGCUGGAACCAGACAAGUGUUAUAAAGUGUGGGUGAUGGCGGUGAACUACACAGGCUGCAGCAUGCCGAGUGAGAGACUACCCUUCAGAACCGCUCCUUCUGUCCCGGUGAUCCAGACAGAACAGUGCACAGUGUUGUGGGACACGGCCACACUGCGUUGGAGCGCCGUUCAGCCCAGUGCUGUGGACAGCUUCACACUGGAGUACUGCCGCCAAUACGCAUGUGAGAGAGAGGGACUCAGAUCCAUAUCAGGGAUAAAAGGCUAUGAGCAGAGGGUCUUCCUUCAGCCCAAUGAAAAUUACCUCUUCUACAUCAAAUCAGUGAAUGCCGGAGGGGCCAGUGAACAGAGCGAGGCGGCUCUUAUCUCCACCAGAGGUACAAGGUUCCACUUCCUCAGUGAAACGGCCAACUCACUGCUGAAGGUUUCAGAGGACAGAAACUCAGUAGAGUACCCACAUGACAUCUACAAUAAAAUGUCCUCUAUCAUAGAAUGUCCAGCUGUUAUGGGUGAGCUUUUACCUUCUCUUGGAUAUUACUACUGGGAGAUGGAGGUGUCAAAAUGCAGAGCCUACCGCAUUGGCAUUGCAUAUCAGACUGUAUCACAAACCAGCACACUGGGGGAGAACAGUGCCUCCUGGUGUCUGCACUGUGUACCAACAUCUAUAAGCUGCAGAUUUGAGCUGCUUCAUGACAGCGUUGAGUCUGAUAUCUUUGUCAUGGACAUACCUGAGCGGAUCGGCACUCUGUUGGACUACAGCAAGGGUCGGCUCUUCUUCUUUAAUGCUCAGAAUGGGCAGCUCUUGGGCACUUUUCGGCACACCUUCACUCAGCCCUGCCACCCUGUGUUUGUCCUGGAACAGCCGGGGAAUCUAGAACUAAAAAUGGCCAUGGAGGUGCCGGAGUUUGUUAAGCACUGCUAGUUUACACGACUGAAGCCUCAAAGCUCUGGGCUCUGCUUGUGCCACAGGAUAUAAAUCAAGUGAUUCUUUCCUAAUAGUAAUCAGAUGAAACAAUAUUGUGCUGAAGAAUUGCACAGUUCUAAGAAAUGGUGUGACUGAAGAGAUUAUGAGGAACAUUUAGUUAGGGUGACCAUAAUGAGAAAUAUUUAGUCAGGGUGACUGUACGUUAGUUUUGUGAAAGGAAGGAUUGUAUUUUGAAGCUGUGCUUUUAAAUCCCUCCAAGAAACUUUUUUUUUUUUUUUUUUUUUUUUUUGAGCUGUUGCGUUGUUUUUGUAUAUAUAUGAAACAGAAAGUGCAUGAAACCAGUUUUGUUGCUUCUCAUACAGUAUAUGUUCACAUGAUGUGCAGACAUACAUAUUCAGUGUCAGUGUAUUUAUUUUGGAGGCUACAGGUUUCCAGGUUGUUUGGGUAAAAUGAAUAGAUGUUGGCACUGCUACUAACAUGGUUUCAUUGCUGAAUUCUCCCUCAGUGGGGGCACGAGUUUUCAGAUGAUGGUCAAGGCAUCACAAAUGAGUGAUGAAAAUAUUUAUUGUUCUGUGGUUUACUGUAUUUAAAUGAUUUGGUAGGAAAAGGUUAUUUCACUCCAGUUUACAUUUGAAAUUGUUGCUGGUCAGGAUCUUGCUUAAUCACAAACUAAGCAAAGGGAAAUAAGUAAAGAGAUUUUAGUUUUCACAUCCAAUGGA